CCCACUGAUCGCUCCUCUGGACUCAGCCCUUGGCAAAGACCCUGGCGAUGCCUCUCAAAAAACCCGACCCAAAGAAGGAAGGAGCCAAAGCAUCUCCAGCCUCAGAGCCAGCCAAGGAGCCUGCUUUUGAUCCCAAAAGUGUGAAGAUUGAAUUCACUGCUGAGCAGAUCGAAGAGUUCAGAGAAGCCUUCAGCCUGUUUGACAGCUCACCCAUGGGGACCAUGCAGAUCACCUAUGCCCAGUGUGGGGAUGUCCUGAGGGCUCUGGGUCACAACCCCACCAAUGCAGAGGUCCUGAAGGUGCUGGGCAAGCCCAGACCAGAAGGUGACUACUGGGAUAAUAGUGGAAAAGAAAUGAACACCAAAGUGCUGGACUUUGAGACCUUCCUCCCCAUCUUGCAGCACUUCACCCGCAGCAAGGAGCAGGGAACUUUUGAGGAUUUUGUGGAAGGGCUUCGGGUCUUCGACAAGGAGGGCAACGGGAUGGUGAUGGGGGCUGAGCUGCGCCAUGUGCUGGUGACACUGGGGGAGAAGAUGACAGAGAACGAGGUGGAGCAGCUCAUGGCAGGGCAAGAAGAUGCCAAUGGCUGUAUCAACUAUGAAGCUUUUGUCAAGCACAUCAUGUCUGGCUAAGAGCAGAAGCUUCAGGCUCUUGGAAAGGUUUGAGCCCACCUGAGCACCAAGAACAGGGAAAAUUCCUCCAUCCAUGGCUUUUCCUCCCUGGAUAUCUCACAUCUCCAGGGAUUCUUUGCACCACGAAGAGUUGACCCCCAGGUGUGCCCAAGCCUCAGCAUACAAUAAGACAUCUGCAGCUUGGUUUUUAACCUAAAAUGAUUCUUUUUAGGUGGUUUUUCUUUUCCCUGUGACAUUUGGCUCAUUAAAUUUCAUCCC